UGGUGGAGUUUCCGACCAGGCAGGAAAAAGAACAAAAGCAGCGGGCAGCAGAGGGGGGUGGCCGGGAGGGUGCAGGAGGAGAGGGGACCGUCACCAUGGAAUAUGAAGUCAAGAAAGGGAAGAAGGGCUUUGUGUCCCCUAUUCGAAGGCUGGUGUUCCCCAAGGCCGCACGUCGUGCAGCCUUUCGGACCAGUGUGAGCCGCCGGCCCCUGCACUCAAUGCCCCUUUAUCCUCCCGACUACCUCAUUGACCCCCAGAUCCUUCUGUGUGACUACCUGGAGAAAGAGGUCAAGUUCCUGGGCCACCUCACCUGGGUGACUUCCUCACUGAACCCCUCCAGCAGGGAUGAACUCCUGCAGCUGCUGGACACCGCCAGGCAGCUGAAGGAGCUGCCGCUGAAGACAACGGCGGAGCAGGACAGCAUCUUGAGCCUGUCUGCCCGCUGCCUGCUGCUCACCUGGCGCGACAAUGAGGAGCUCAUUCUGCGCAUUCCGACGCACGAGAUCGCCGCCGCUUCCUACCUACAGGACGACGCGCUGCACCUGCUAGUGCUUAAGACCGGUCUGGGCGUGGACCCGGUGCCGGCCGGCGUGGACGCUAGCCCGGGUGGUGCGGGGCGUGACCCGGGCCCGCCGGGCGCAGCGCCCGAGAAGCGGCGGGUGGGCACCGCGGAGCGGCGCCACACCAUCUGCAGCCUGGACUGGCGGAUGGCGUGGGGCGGGGGCGCGAGCGCCGAGGCUCGGGCGGGGGGCGGCGGCGGAGGCAGCCUGGAGCGCCAGCGCGCAGGGCCGCGGGCGUCCGGCAGCUGGGAGCGGCGGCAGACGUUCAGCGGCAGCUGGGAGCGGCGACACACGGGCGGCGGCGGCGGCGCGGGCAAGCCCGGCGGCAGCUGGGAGCGGAGGCAGGCGGGCAGCGGCGGGGGCAGCUGGGAACGGCGCCACCCAGGUCCCAACCCGCUGGACCCUCAGGACCCCAGCCCCGACGCCUACUGCAACCUUGUCAUCCUGGCUGUGGCUAACAGGGAUGCCGCCGAGGAGUCCUGUGCACUCAUCUGUCAGGUCUUCCAGAUCAUCUAUGGAGACCAGAGCAUCGAGUGUGUGGACCGGGCUGGUUACCACUACACGUCCACACCUGACCGGCCAUGGCUCUGCAGCCGCAGUGACAGCUGCCGGACAGAUGGGACUUACGCCUACGACGCGGACUUCAGCUGCUGCAGCUCCUUCAAUGGCUCCCAGGACACAUUUGAAGCAUGUUACAGCGGCACGUCCACUCCUUCUUUCCACGGUUCCCACUGCAGUGGCAGUGACCACAGUGGCCUGAGCCUGGAACAGUUACAAGAUUACAUGAUCACGUUGCGGAGUAAGCUGGGGCCCCCUGAGAUCCAGCAGUUUGCACUGCUGCUGCGGGAGUACCGUCUGGGCCUGCCCAUCCAGGACUACUGUGCCGGCCUGCUGAAGCUCUACGGAGACCGUCGCAAGUUCCUCCUCCUAGGGAUGCGGCCCUUCAUCCCGGACCAGGACAUCGGUUACUUUGAGGGCUUCCUGGAGGGUGUGGGCAUCCGUGAGGGCGGCAUCCUCACCGACAGCUUCGGCCGCAUCAAGCGCAGUAUGAGCUCCACGUCAGCUUCCGCGGUGCGCAGCUACGACGGUGCAGCCCAGCGGCCCGAGGCGCAGGCCUUCCACCGGCUGCUGACCGACAUCACUCACGACAUCGAGGCUCUGGCCCCCGACGACGACGAUGACGAUGAGGAGGAAGAUGAGUCCAGGGAUGGAGGCGAUGCAGCUGAAGACAACUACCUGUAACUUCCGCCCAUGAAGAGGGAGUGCAAGGGGUGACCCCACAGCCAGCCCCUGAAUCUCCCUCACUUUUUCAUGUGGAACCCCAUCCCGGGGACCCCUAGUCACACCCUGGUCACAGGUUUCCAUCCCUGCCCUCGGGGCUCAGCAUCCUGCAGGACCGAUAGCUUCCUGCAGGGGGCGUGCGAAGCGGGGGCCCUAAAGCACCAGAGGGUCUCCCAGGGAUCGGCAGGCGCUGUCUGCCAAACCCAGAGGAUGGGCAGCGGCCCUGUUUUGUCCCACUGUCCCCUGGGAGCGCGGCUCCAGGACACCCUUCCCUUCUGGGGACUUCGAAUCCCCGCAGCUUUCUGGAGGCUGAGGGAUGAAGAGUAGCUCCACCUGCUGGCCGACUGAGAAAAGACUAUCCCGUUCACUACCCGGCAACACCACCACCACCACCCCCCAAAAAAAAGAAAGAAAGAAAAGAAGAAGAAAUCCAGAACUCAGAGACCUCUGUUUGCCCAAUUUUACUGACUGGGAAAAAGAGCCAAAAAAAGUGAGGGAUUCUCCUGAUCCUCUUUAGCCAUGACCUCCCAUUUCUCAUCUCUGUAAUCAUUUCAGCCCUAACAAUUUUCAAGAGGAUGGUGAAGGUCAAGACCCUAGUGCUGGGCCUAGCACAUGGUAGGCACUUAGUAAAGGCUGUUCCCUUCCACAUGGAACACUUUUUGUGUCAGUUUACCUGUCUGGCCUUGGAGAGAUAGGGCGGGAACUGAGGUGGGUGAGAUGUUAAGAAGACUGUCAGGGAGCUCAGUUUGGUGGGGGAGGAGUCUCCCGCUCUUAACACCCUGGCUCUGUGCCUAAACCCCAGACCUGGGAACAGCCAAAACCCUGUGAACAACCAUCCUGGGGCCUGGGAAAGUCAAAGAAAUCUGGAAGCAGGGGUAGAGACCUAGAGAAGUCAAGAUAAGGGUAACGCUCUGCACAGCCUCAGUAAAGGCUGGGAGGCUUGAGAGGAGGCCAGAGACUCCCCUAGAGAAGCUCAAAUAUAUUUGUCAAACUUUACAAAGCCUUUAAUGGCUGGACAUGUGAUACUUACUGAGGUACAUACUAUUAUCGAUUUUUAAGUAAUAUUAUUGUUAGAUCUUCGGAUCCAGAAGGUUCCAUGAUUCAUACUCAGCUUGUGGGAAAUGAUCAUCCCAUCAGCACUGGUCCAUUGGAGAAACUUCCUGAUGUCUUAUUUUGUUUUAUUCCCCUUCCACCCACUUCUCCCCAUGAGCACCCGCCCCUACAUGCUAAAAUGUCUCUGUUCAUAGAAUACACAACGCGUGUGUGUUUCUAGACCUAAGUGGUAUUGCAUAAGGCCUCCAUUCUGUUGCUUUCUUUUUUGAUUCCAUAAUGUUGUUAAGCUCUACCCACGUUGCUGUAGGAAAAUCUAGCUUAUUGCAUCCAA